UUCAGAUCUGUUAACUGUCACAAGAGGUCCAUGAUCCUGCCCUUCUUCGCUGAUAUGUGGCAUUAAUCCCGUUUUUGCUUUCCUUUUGAAAAUGUCGACAGCAGGGCUGGUUUCGACAGGUUCCUUGCCUUCAUAGAACAGUGUGUGCACAUCACAGAUGCAGGAUGCGGUGUUGUCCCAGCUCAGCACUCCACCUGCUGCGGUUUGUGCGGUUGCGGUCAUGCACCAGGAGAGGAAGGAUCACACUGCCCUUUUGGAUAAGGGAAUUAUGGGCUUACAUGAAACUGCUGGUGAACUCACUUUACUUUAACUCCCUCACAGACUCAGAUGUGGUUUUUGACUCAGUCUUUGAACCAGUGUUUUGGACUGUGGAUUAUAUCACACGCUGGUUUGGCUCGGUGUUUGUCACUUUGGUGGUGAUACUGACGAGCUCCGUCUUGUUGGUAGCCUAUCUGGUCCUACUGCCUAUGGCCCUCAGCACGUACUCCCCUGGAUGGAUUGCGUGGCACCUUUGUUAUGGCCACUGGAACCUCGUUAUGAUUGUUUUCCAUUACUACAAGGCCGCCAUGACUUCCCCAGGGUACCCCCCUACAGAAAAAAAUGACAGUCCUUUUGUGUCAUUCUGCAAAAAGUGCAUCAUGCCCAAACCAGCAAGAACACACCACUGUGGCAUCUGUAACAGGUGCAUUCUGAAAAUGGACCAUCAUUGUCCUUGGCUAAAUAACUGUGUGGGCCAUUUCAACCACCGGUACUUCUUCUCCUUCUGCCUCUUCAUGGCCAUGGGCUGUGUCUACUGUAGCAUCAGUGGCAGAAACAUGUUCCUAGAUGCGUACAAUGCUAUCGAGCGCUUUAAGCAUAUGGAUGCGGAAAAGCCAGGGGUGCCAGUAACAGGGAUGGGACUUCUCAUAGGGCUUCUCCCCCCUGGGCAGACCACCUAUCAGACAGCUGCACCUCCGUACACCUUCAAGGAUAAGAUGAUUCAUAAGAGCAUCAUCUACAUGUGGGUGCUCACCAGCACUGUGGGAUUGGCCCUGGGAGCCCUGACCUUUUGGCAUGCAAUGCUCAUAUCCAGAGGGGAGACCAGCAUCGAAAAACACAUCAACAGCAAAGAGACAAAGCGACUGGCAAGACGAGGACGGGUUUACAGAAACCCGUUCAACUAUGGCAGGCUGAACAACUGGAAAGUCUUCUUUGGUGUGGAAAAGAGAAGCCACUGGGUGACGCGUGUUCUCCUCCCCUCUGGACACGCCCCGCUUGGAGAUGGCUUGACAUGGGUUGCAUUCCCUUUUAAGAAGGACCUAAUACCCGUAUGACAGACUCUACUCAGGCAUACUUGUAGCCUAAUUCCAGCAGUUUUUGCUGAGUCCAACCAGCUCUGGACAUUUGAUCUGGUUGGCUUAAAGGAUCCUUGCAUGGUGGCUCCAUUCAGCUGAAGAAAUGGGGUCACGUCAACCUCCAAUACCUCAAGAACUUGCAAAGGCUUUGCUCAUGGUUUGACGGUCUACAUUUUUCAACAGUGAGGAGGCAAUGUGUCAUGGAUGAUUGCUCUUUACUGGGUUUUACUUAUUCUUACAAACAGGUCUUACUUGACUCUGAGCGUUGCGGAGACUGCAGCACCAUGAUAAUGUGUAAUUUAUCUGUAUUUUGUACCUGUUAAGUUAAUAAAUCUUUAUAAAUUGCUUUAUUUAAA